AUGCAAAGGACGGCCUCGCGACUCGUCGCCACUGCGGUUUCCAGACCACUGGCCGCCUGUCAAGUCAGAGCGGCCGCAUCAAGAUUGUCUCGGCGGCAUCUCAGCACCGGCAUCCGGAUCCCGGUCAUUGCCGCAUCACGGCCUCAACCCACGAAGACGCAGCGAUCUGUGCCGAGCGGUGCCCGGACAAUCUUCAUCCAGACCGAGAGCACACCGAACCCAGACGCACUCAAGUUUCUGCCGAACCACCGCAUCAUUCCGCCGGACAUGUCCACGCCGUUUAUAGAAUAUUUGAACCCGCGCUCUACGAUAUCCCCGCCGCAUCCCUCGCCUCUGGCUGCGAAGCUUAUGAACAUUGACGGCGUCACAUCUGUCUUCUAUGGAACCGACUUCAUCACCGUCACCAAGGCCGGGGAUGCCAAUUGGGCUCACAUACGACCCGAGAUCUUCGCCCUUAUCACCGAGGCCAUCACGUCCGGCGAGAAGAUUGUCAAUGUCGUGGAGCGCAAGGCGGAUGAGGCUGGUCAGGCGGCGGCGGAAGAGGACAGCCUUGCUUACAACGAGAACGACAGCGAAGUGGUGGGCAUGAUCAAGGAGCUGCUGGAAACGAGGAUCCGGCCGGCCAUCCAGGAGGACGGUGGCGAUAUUGAGUUCCGUGGCUUCGAGGAUGGUCAGGUCUUGUUGAAGCUGCGCGGGGCUUGCCGAACUUGCGAUUCAAGUACAGUCACCCUGAAGAAUGGCAUUGAGGGCAUGCUGAUGCAUUAUAUUGAGGAAGUCAAGGGAGUAAAGCAGAUCCUUGAUGAGGAAGAGGAGAUUUCUCUGCAGGAGUUUGCCAAGUUUGAGGAGAAGCUGAAGCAGCAGCGGGGGGCAGCCGAGGCAUCAUAA